AUGGCGCGGGCGACAGAGUUGGAAUGGGCACCGGAGUCUCUCUACAACACCGCGAUUUCUGCUGUUGUCAUGCGAUUUGCCCAUUAUAGAAACGAACUGAGGAAUUUAACGGACGAUGUUUUAUUCGACGUGUAUUAUAAGCUUUAUGACAAAAAUGUUCUUGAUGACUUGGGAAAGGAGUUUCAAGAUUUGAAUAUCCUAUCUAGGGUCCUACGAGUUAUGAAUAAGAGGAUCCUUUUACAUCGCUGCUUUCAAGCAAUCAUGGAUAAUGAGGUUAACCUGGCUCAGAUUCUCUCAGCAAAAUUUUGCAGAGAUUUGACACCAGCAGUUUUGGAGGACCGUGUGGCUAAGGGACGAGUAUUACAGUUAGGAUUGUCGCUAGGUGCAUUUCUGUGCGAGGCAGGCUGGUUUGCUGACAGUAUAGCCAUCUACACAGCUUGUCUGAAUGCAUGUAUAGAUGAUCAGAGUCCGCAGGACAAACUCAGGGCCAUGGAUUUUGCUGUCAGGUUGUUGCACAGUCAGAAUGUAAACUGUCAGUACAAGGAAGCCGAGGAGACGUACAACAAAGCUUUGAAGAUUUGUUCUGCUCUGGAAGCAGUCGGGGAGAGAGUUAACAAAGCUGUGCUGUAUGCUGAGCGCUGUGCUCUUUUGUUUGCUCAGAGCAGAUACACACAGGCUUUCAAUACUUGCCAUCUGGCCAUCCUCGAGCUCAAUUCAAACAUGUGUGCUAUGUCAAUUGUCAAUGUAAUGAGGCUGUGUUCUAAGGCUUGUGUGGUCAAGAGAGAAUUCAAAACUGCAGAGCUGUUGAUCAAAUAUGCAGUCGCUUUUGCAAGGGUAAAAUUUGGCAAAUAUCAUCCUAAACACGCAGACACACUUCUGGAUUAUGGCUUCUUCUUGUUGAAUUCUGAUUGUGUGAGUCCGGCAGUGCAAGUGUAUCAGCUUGCCCUGGAUAUCAGGCAGUCAGUGUUUGGGGGCAAUAAUUUUUAUGUGGCCAUAGCGUGUGAGGAUUUGGCGUAUGCCUCGUAUGUGAAUGAAUACAGUUCUGGAAAGUUUCAGCAUGCAAGGGAUCAUGCGGAGAAAUCUAUGAGUAUUUUAAGUAAGAUUCUUCCAGAAGAUCAUCUGUUGCUGUCGUCUUCGAAAAGGGUCAAAGCUUUGAUAUUGGAAGAGAUUGGGAUUGACUGUCCUGACAAGGAUGAGGAGAAGAAGUAUCUGGAGGAGGCUCUGAGCCUGCACCUGUCCUCUCUAGAACAAACAAAGGCCACUUUUGGGGAGGAGAAUGUCCAGACAGCCAAGCAUUAUGGCAAUCUUGGCAGGCUGUUCCAGUCCAUGAAGAGAUAUGAG